AUAUCUAUAUUCUAUCGUUAUGUAUUUGUGACAUUUUUCUCCACGCGUUUUGUUUGUGCGCCUCGCACUGCAUAUGUGUCGGGAUCCCUGUGAUCCAUGUCUCUCCCAGUCUCAUACCGCGCAUGCAAACAAGUAUAAAGCCCCGGGUCAGGGCUACAUUUGCAAUUCUCAACGACAAUCAAUACAACAGUAAACUAAGUGAUGCCAAGGACGAUGAAACUUGUGGUCUGCGGAGGAGGUAAUGGUGCACAUGCUUUAGCCGGUGUUGCGUCAGCGGAUCCCAACAUUAACGUGUGCGUGUUCACCCUUUCUAACGCUGACCGCUGGAAUGAAUCAAUGCGAAAACAUGGAUUUGAGGUGGCCAUUUAUCGGCGUGGCAAGGAUACCAUUCACAUGACCUCAAAGCCAGACCUGGUGACCAAAGACCCACAACAAGCAAUUCCAGGAAGUGACGUCAUUAUUUUGAUAAUGCCAGCUUUCGCACAUGCGCAGUACCUAUGUGCCAUUAAACCGUACAUUGAACCAGGUAUGGUUUUGGUGGCUCUUCCCAGCCAGGGAGGGUUCGAAUUAGAGGCAAUGCAGAUUCUGGGCAAAGAGAUUACUAAUAUUUGCACCAUCAUUUGCUUUGAGUCUAUUCCCUGGGCGUGUCGCUAUUGGGAGUAUGGUGUAUUUUGUGAGAUUCUUGGAAUCAAAAAAAGUCUUGAGGGCGCUUUUCACCGCAGCAAAGUGGCCCCUAAAGUCGACCCCAUACCCACGCUACAGCGUAUAGUGGGAGAGGAGACGGUACUAAAGGUCAAAGGUCAUACAGUGGGAAACACGCUCAUGUCCGUCAAUGCCUACAUCCACUCGGCAAUUCUAUACGACCGCUGGGUGGACUGGGACGGUAAGCCCCUACAAGAAGCACCGCUGUUCUACCAAGGGAUCAGCAAGAGAGCCGCUGAUCUUUUAGACGACAUGUCCAAUGAAGUUCUUGCAAUAGCCAAGGAAAUCACAAGGCGUUUCCCUGAAGUAGACAUGUCUCAAGCUAUCCAUAUCCACGACUGGUACCUGAGAUGUUACCCGGAUGACAUAACGGAUAAGUCCACACUUAAAACCACUCUUCAAACAAAUGUUGCAUACCGCGGGCUCAUGCACCCCAUGACCAAGACCGAGGGAGGGCUUGUUCCUACAUUCAAAUCUCGCUACUCCACUGAAGAUAUCCCGUAUGGCCUCGUGGUCAUCAAAGGAAUAGCGGAGCUGUUUGGGGUGCCGACCCCACAGAGCGAUAAAGUGCUUUUGUGGAUGCAGGAAAAGCUCGGUAAAGAAUACUUGGUGGAUGGAAAGCUACAGGGUCAUGACGUCAUGGAAACAAGGGCGCCGCAAAAGUACGGCAUUUCCAAGAUUGAGGAACUAUUCCCAGGCUAUGAAUUAGUGCUUGCAUGAUUUGGUUUAAAAGAUCAAACGGGAACACAAAGAUUUUUAACGGCAAUCGCGAAACGUGUAACGGUUCCUAAAACGCGGUGCUCGAGAGGAAAGCGCGAUUUUAGUUGAAGUUUGAGGAAAUACGCAUCGGGGAAAUAAGGCAAAUACUCCGCUUCCAUCCUGUUCCUUAGAAGCCAGCUGGGCUACUUGUUCCUAUGACGCGAAAAUACAUGCAUGCCCCCUUGCUAUCUCGGUGAUGGUCGUAUAAAAAGAGGCCUAAUCUGAGUGACAAUUAUGUGGCUAAUAGACGUUUUUUUUUGCGAUGAAGCAUGCCAAGACAUUUGCAGCGUCCAACGAUAUAAAAGGGCGAGAUCGCUUAUUUCACUAAUGCUAGAAUUUGUGUGCAAAUCAAAGGGCGCUGCUAAUAUUUUUUUUAAUAGCACACUAACUAUAAUAUUUUUAGUAGCCAUAUUUUUGUCCUAUUUCCUUGUAUUUUUUAUUAAUUGCUAAUCUAGUUGCGCCAUCUCGUACCCGGGGGGGGGGGGGGGGGGGGGGAGGGCGAGGGGGUACUCCAAUAUCAAACGGACGGGGAUCAUCGUCGGUUUUUUUUUUAAACAACCCUAAAAGAUACUAAAUCCUCGCGGAUUUGCAUAAGCAUAGUCUUUCAGCACUCCAUUACAUCAUAACAAAACUGAUAAUCAUCUGUAACUAGAACGUGUUAGAUUUCUCGUGGUCGAAAAAGCAGGCUUAACAAACAGAUCAUUGUUAAGCUCGCUAUCAAUAAUCCGUGGGGCGUGUGAUCUGAAAAACACCGAUUGACGUUUUAACGUUCUUUCAUGAGCUAGAAGUUAGAUGAGCGUAGCUAUAUAGCACCCUAAAAGAUACCGAGGUAAAAAAAAUCUGAGCGUUCUCAUUUUCACCCCUAGGGAGUACCCCCCCCCCCCCCUCCCAGGGAUCUCGUAUAGGGGUGUACACUAGAAUUGCGCCCUGAGAGUAUAUAUAAUAAUAAAAAAAUAAUAAAAAUGCAUGUGAUUUUCGAA